AUGAGGGGGAGAAGGAAGGGGUUGGGCGGACCUAGGGGGAGGGGAAGGGGGCAGCCGGACGAACCGAGGGGAAGGGGGAGGGGGCGGCGAGGGGAGGAGGGGGAGGGGGAGGGGGAGGGGGAGCGACAAGAUGAGGGGGAGGGGCUGGGCGGACCGAGGGGAGGGGGAGUGGGCGGCGAAGGGAGGAGGGGAGGGGGCUCGGCGACAGGUGGGAAGGCUGGGCGGACGGGGGGGAGGGCGGCCGGUGAGGGAGAAGACGAGGGGAAGGGGGAGUGGGUGGACGAAGGGGAGACGAGAGGGAGGGCGCGAGAAGGAGGAGACGAGGGAACUGAUGAAUGA